AUGGGUAUGUCUUUUUCAGCACUGUUCUCCUUCAUGGGUAAGAGAGAGAUGCGUAUUCUCAUGGUCGGUCUCGAUGCCGCUGGUAAGACCACCAUUCUGUACAAGCUGAAGCUGGGCGAGAUUGUCACCACUAUUCCGACCAUCGGCUUCAACGUCGAGACUGUCGAGUACGGCAGCAUUAGCUUCACCGUGUGGGAUGUCGGAGGUCAGGACAAGAUCAGGCCUCUGUGGCGCCACUACUUCCAGAACACGCAGGGUAUCAUCUUUGUCGUCGACAGCAACGAUCGCGACCGUAUCGUCGAGGCACGCGAUGAGCUCCAGCGCAUGCUCAACGAGGAUGAGCUGCGCGACGCCAAGCUGCUUAUCUUCGCCAACAAGCAGGAUCUGCCCAACGCCAUGACCGCCGCCGAAAUCACAGAAAAGCUGGGCAUUGCCUCGAUGUCGCAGUCGCAGUCGUCACCUCGCCAAUGGUUCAUCCAGUCCACUUGCGCUACGACCGGAGACGGUCUGUACGAGGGUCUCGAGUGGCUGAAAAACAACCUCAACAACUAA